AUGGCCGAACUCUCCUCCAACUGGAAAAAACUCCAGGCGCGGCUGAAAGCCGAAGGAACGACCAAGGCCCAAGGGAAGCGAAAGGUCACAGACCAAACAACACCUCACUCAAAAAGGUUGAAGAUUUCGGAAACCACCAGACGCACAGCGAACCCGACCAGUCAAGCUCAGCAUCGGAACCGCAACACAAAACCAACUAUGGGCGGCGUGCACAGUUCCAGGGUGGAACCCGUCCCCCGACAUGGGCCAUCACCCUCUCUAGCGCUUUGGGCUGAGGAUAACGACAUAUCUACGGAAGCUUUGGCAGAGGCGUACGAGCUGGGUGCCCAAAAGGACAACUCAAUGAUGCUGGCCUCCGCAAAAGACAAAGUGAACCACGGCCUCUCUGAAGGUGUCGACAUCGGGAAAUACGUCGCCAUGGAUUGCGAAAUGGUCGGGGUUGGACCGGGCGGCCAUGAAUCAUCACUGGCUCGUGUCAGUCUGGUGGAUUUCCACGGACAGCAAGUUUACGACUCGUACGUAAAACAGAGGGAACGGGUCACAGACUGGAGGACAGCUGUGAGUGGGAUUUCGCAGAAGGAAAUGAGAUUUGCGAGGGACUUUGACGAAGUUCAGCAUGCGGUCUUCGGCAUCAUCAGAGACCGCGUCCUGAUAGGGCAUGACAUCAAGCACGACUUGGAAGCCUUGAAAUUAAGUCAUCCCCCGAAAGAUGUCCGGGACACAGCCAGGUACCACGGGUUCAAGAAGUACGGGCACGGCCGGAAACCGGCUCUAAGAACGCUUGCUCGAGAAAUUCUAGCAGUCGAGAUCCAAGAAGGGCCACAUUCUAGCAUCGAGGACGCCAGGGUCACCAUGUUGCUGUUCAGGAAGCACAAACCCGGGUUCGACGUUGAUCACGCCAACCGGUAUGCGCCAAAGCCAGCAAUGAACAUCCACAAGGGUUCUAGCAGAAAGCCGAAAAAAUCGAAGAGUCGCAUUCCAUGA